CACAAAAGAUCAAACAAGAACCGAAAAAUGGAAGCACGAGCCACAACAUUUUAUGCCCUCUUACUAACAUCCUUCCAACUCCUCCUAACAUGUCACGUAACAUUCGCCGCCGGAGGAAAAUGGGAUCCCCUCCUCUCCAACGUCGGAAUCUCCGCUAUGCACAUGCAGCUCCUCUCCAACGACCGCGUCGUGAUGUUCGACCGAACCAACUUCGGACCAUCAAACAUCUCUCUCCCCAACGGUAACUGCCGUAACAACCCACAAGACGCCGUCUCCAAGAUCGACUGCACAGCUCACUCCAUCGAAUACAACGUUGAAUCAAACACCAUCCGUCCAUUAACUGUACAAUCCAACACAUGGUGCUCCUCCGGUUCUCUUAGAUCGGACGGCGUUCUUGUACAAACCGGUGGAGACCGGGACGGCGAGUUAAAAGCGAGAACAUUCUCUCCUUGUGAUGACAAUGAGUGCGACUGGGUCGAGAUUAACAAUGGCUUAGCAAGGAGGAGAUGGUACUCUUCUAAUCAUAUUCUUCCCGACGGUAAACAAAUCAUUAUCGGAGGUCAAAGACAGUUCAGCUACGAGUUCUUCCCCAAAACGACAUCUCCUAACGUUAUCGACUUGCCGUUUUUGGCCGAGACUAAUGAUAGAGGAGAAGAGAAUAAUCUUUAUCCUUACGUCUUUCUCAACACCGAUGGAAAUCUAUUUAUAUUCGCUAACAACCGAGCGAUACUACUCGACUAUGUUAAUAACAAAGUGGCGAAAACUUAUCCGGCGAUUCCCGGCGGUGAUCCUAGGAGUUACCCUAGCACUGGCUCUGCCGUGUUAUUACCGUUAAAGAAUCUUGAAGCGGACAAGAUUGACGCGGAAGUACUGGUGUGUGGAGGUGCACCGAAAGGAUCAUUCAUCCUCGCUUUUUUUUUUUUUGAAUGA